AUGCCACGGUUUUCGCCGAAUUGUCUUGUUGAUCUAAGUUUUCAUCCUGAAACUCAAACUACUGUACUUGAAAUUAGCAAGGAUGUCACUCGCUCUGGAGUUUCUAACCCUCCCGCGGCCAGUGACACUGGGAACAACAGCAGCAGCAACAACAUUACCUUUGCCGAAAAGACCGUACCAGUGCAUCAACAUCAUGCACCAAAAGCAGAGAAAUUCAGUUGUAGUGCUACAAUAAUUGACUCGUCCCAUGGUUUAAUACUCUCUCACGGGUGUUUGCUCACCCCACUUUUAACUUCGAACUCCACGAAGUAUAGAAUUCAACGUAGUACUACCGAAGCGAACUUUGUCCUCUUCGAUGAUGAACCUAAAGCCGACGUCGGUGAGUACACUUUGCAGGUUUUGCUCAACGAACUGGCGCCCUCUCAAAAAGACGGCAACGAUGCGAAGAACUUAAAACGCUUCCCAGCACGACCCGUGAUUGCGUGGGACUGUCCCAGUCUCAUAAAUGUACUGCACACUUUUUUCCCGAGCUCCGAUGGCUGGCGUUUCGUUGAUGAUGCACAUUCUGUUUCCAUGACAACAGAUGAGAGAAAAGAUUACCUGAACUAUGAUGAGCAAUCUAUACAGCCAAUACCAUCCAAAUCAGAGACGGCUCUAACAGCAAAUGAUCUGAUGACAUGGUUUGUCUUGUUAAAAAUUGAAUGCUGGGAGAAUUGCAGGACUGACCCUGUCAAGAUCUUGCCUAGUUCCAGGCUCAUCCAGGGCCAAUCACUCAUAACCAUAGCAACACCCUUUGCCAGUAUUUGCCCCAUGGUGUUUUUCAACAGUCAGAGUAGCGGUAUAGUUAGCAAUGUAGCUGGGAACAACAAUACUCUAAUCAUGACUGAUGCAAGGUGCCUGCCGGGAACUGAAGGUGGUGCUGUCUAUACUAAGAUCUCAAGCACUGAGGUUGAACACAGAUAUUUGACAGGUUUGAUAGUAGCACCACUAUGUUGGAAGUCUAAUGAGUGGAUUGGACUGACUUUAGUCUGCAGCAUCUCAGAAAUCCUCCAUGUCCUGAAUCAAAUUUUGAAGACUACCAGACUGAAAAGGUUUCUUCAAAAUAUUGAUACCAGCGAAAUAUUCUAUAAAUGUAUCACCCAUUCAAAACAAUCUUAUGGGUUUGGCGUUUCAGAGGCGAUCAAGAGAGUUGUGUUAGUGCAAGCUGGUAGUGUGUGGGGAUCAGGUAUACUGGUUGGUAAUGAUACAAUACUAACAUGCAGACAUGUCAUCAGUGGUGCUAGGAAUGGUAUAGUACAAGUGAGAUUUGAUUAUCCCAGCAUGCACUGGGUAAGAGCCGAUGUCAUUUUCACCACCUCUGAUUUGUCAGCUUUCGAUAUAGCAGUGCUAAGAAUGCAGAAAAUUCACAAAUCAAGAUUAUCUGAUCUGAAAAUUGCCACCCAGUGUACAAAAGGAAGUGAUAUAUGUGUAGUGGGGCAUGCAUUAUUUCCAAGGGAACUUUCUAAACAGCCCUCAGUCACCUAUGGUAUUCUCUCAAAUAUUGUGAUAGUCAAGGAUAAACCAGUUUUGCUGCAGUCUACAUGUGCUGUUCAUUCUGGAGCCAGUGGUGGACCAUUGUUGAGUGCAAAGACUGGAGAACUGAUUGGUAUAGUUGCUAGCAAUUCAAAGGACACUGUCAGUGGUGCCUCAUUUCCUCACAUCAAUUUCAGCAUUCCCAUGGCGAUGGUUCAGGAGACGUUUGCUAAUUUUUUGAGAACGGGUGAUGUAAAGCUGUUAGAUUCUUGGAAUAUUCAUGACAGUCGCAUUCAGAAGAUCUGGAAAUUACAAGAUAGUCUGUCAAGUUACAAACAUGCCGACUUUUUGAACAGUCGAUUGUAGUAUUAAGAAAUCUGUUUUUAUAAGGGUUACGAUCAUCAUGACUGCAUACCAUGUGCUUGAAUGUAUUUCGAUUUUUUAAAAAUAAAUAAUUAUUUGUUGCUAUGCAUAGUAUGGGACCCCUACUGAA